AGGGAAAAGAGCAGCUAACGGCUCUCUAGAGGAUUCCAGAUGUGUCCCCUAAUGGAGAGAACGUUUUGGCUCUGCUGGAGGGUGAAAGUAGCUGUCUGGAUAAGUUAUAAGGAGGACUUGUGGAGAAAUGCACGUACAUUAUACAUGCUGUGCUGGCUGAAGGUGAAAGCAUGGCAAGUACAUCGCUGUGUGCUGCUAAUACUUCAGCGUCUCAGAAUCUUCAGAAAGCGUCUGCUUUUGUAGAAAAUAAAACCACACAGUGCUCAUUUUCCAUUGAAAGUAUUUUGGGAUUGGAGCAGAAAAAGGAUGGCAUUCCAACUGUGAAACCUCACAGACCGUGGAUGGAUGCAUGCGCCAACUUGGUUUUAGGUGAUGACAGUAAUCCCCAUCUGCAAAUCCCUGUUGUUUGCUAUGAAAAUCCAUUAUUUCAUGCUAACAGUAAUCCAGUGCAAGAGGAAAAAGUUUUGAAAUGCGAAAAGUACAUUUCAGUCACUGAAAGGCUUUCUUUCAAACGAGAAUUGAGCUGGUACAGGGGUAGAAGACCAAGAACUGCGUUCACUAGAAACCAGAUUGAAGUCCUGGAAAAUGUUUUUAAAAUGAACUCCUACCCUGGCAUUGAUAUUAGAGAAGAACUAGCUCGCAAAUUAGAUCUAGAUGAAGAUAGGAUCCAGAUCUGGUUCCAGAACCGUCGUGCAAAGCUGAAAAGAUCACACCGAGAAUCUCAGUUUCUAAUGGUGAAAAAUACUUUCACCUCCAGCCUGCUAGAGUAGAAAGAAGGAUGGUUUGCUGUUAUGGUACUACAACAGAACAUGAAGAAUUACUGGGAUUUUCACAAAUUGUAAUUAAUAUAUCAUCAUUACUUAAUACCAUUUUAUCCCCAGGUUUGAAAGUUUAUUAUAAUCUUAAUUCAAAUAAACUGUAAAUACUUGAAGUAUCAGUAUAAUCUACUUUCUGUGGGAAAAGUGAACUUUUCCUAUGUAUUUUAAUAAGUAU